AUGUCAGCUCAUAAUAGAACCAAUAUUCAACCUAUCACCUUCCUACUACUUGGCAUUCCAGGAAUGGAAGCUUUCCACGUAUGGAUUUCCAUCCCAUUCUUCUUUGUCUACUUACUUUCGCUGAUAGGAAAUAUUGCCCUUUUAAUAAUUAUCAAGACAGACCACAAACUGCAUGAACCUAUGUACCUCUUUCUCUGCAUGCUCUCAGGGGCUGAUUUGAUACUUACUUCUUCAACACUCCCCAAGAUCCUCAGUCUUUUCUGGUUCAAUGAUAGAAAGAUCUACUUUGAAGCCUGCCUCACUCAAAUGUAUCUUAUCCAUUCUCUGUCUACUAUGGAAUCCGGAUUUAUUUUGGCAAUGGCUUUUGACCGCUACAUAGCCAUCUGUAUCCCACUAAGACAUUCUACUAUCCUAACUUCGACAGUUAUUGUCAGUUUAGGUUUGACUGUUGUUUUCAGAGGCACUGUGUUGCUUAGUCCACACCCUUUUCUACUGAGGUGGCUUUCUUACUGCAAAACUAAUAUUAUUUCUCACACGUACUGUGAAUUUAUGGCUCUGAUCAAGCUGGUUUGCAAUGAGACUAAGACCCACAGAUCCUACAGCCUAAUUGUGGCAUUCCUGACAGGGGGCUUGGAUUUCAUUUUGAUCAUCUGUUCCUAUGCUCUUAUUCUACGUACUGUCUUUAAUGUCCCAUCCAAAGCUGCCCAUCUCAAGACUUUAAGUACAUGUGUCUCCCAUGUGUGGGUCAUCUUAGUGUUUUAUACACCAGCAUUUUUUUCUUUUCUCACUCACAGGUUUGGCCACCAUGUUGCUCCACACAUCCACAUUUUGGUAGCCAACAUCUAUCUUCUAAUUCCACCUAUGAUGAAUCCUAUUAUUUAUGGCAUUAAAACCAAGAGAAUUAGAGAGAGAUUCCUAAAAUUCUUAGCAAUAAAAUGUGUUUGA